AUGAAGCUCAUAGUGGGGAGCCCAGGGACAUGGAGCAUCAUGGCGCUGCGGGUGUCGCAGUGCGUCUUCGCCGCCGCAUCCGUCUGUGCCAUGGUCACUGCUUUCGGCUACUCCAACUACACAGCCUUCGCCUACAUGAGCACUGCGUUGCUCCUGCAGUUUAUAUGGGGUUUGGGCCUUACUUGUGUCGAUAUCUUCUGUAUAAGGAAUAAAAAGGAUCUUCACAGCCCGUUUAUUGUAACCGCCAUUGUCAUCGGUGACUCGAUCAUGACAAUUCUAGUUUUUGGGGGAGCCUCUGCCUCCGCGAGUGUGAUGGUUCUCUUCACGAGGGAUAUGCACAUCUGCAGGGUAUACUGGCGACUGGCAUGCAGUCAGUUCGCUCUUUCGACCGUCUUGGCGUUCAUCGUGUGCUCCUUGGAUGCUGCAUCUUCUUUCUCCGGGUUCUGGCUACUUGUUUCGUUUUUCUAG